CGACAAUAGCACACCAGCUACCCCUUCAAUACUUCCUGCUUUCCUUCCACAAAAGAACUUCUUCCUUCCUACACAUACAACUUCAUACGAAUGACAACACGACCACGCACGACAACACAAUUACGAGCUAAAUGGCGCCGCCGCACACGAUGAAGGGAAGGGACGAGGUCCGUCUGAAGUAUAACAUCGCACCUUCCUCGACCACGAGCCUUGCUCCGGGGUUGGAAGGACUGCACCUCAGCUCCAAUGUCCCGACUCCAUCUACCACCGGCUCUCGGGGUAAUGGCAGCUCGGUCCUCGCCGAAGCAACAAAGAAUACCACUGUUCCGGCUACACCAAAGCACAAUCGCUCCUCGGCAAGAGUCUUCACUGAAAGGUCCCCAGAGCUCCUCGCAGAACUGAAGACAUGGUCUCCCAAGUGGUCACGUUUCCCAAGCCCUAACGAGACGGCGCUUCUCAUCUGCUUCAGCUGCAAGCGCCGCAAAGGCCAGAAGACCGCCGCCAGAAUCAUCGACGAGACCCUUUUCAAUAUCAAAGUCACCGCCGAGAAGCUCGCUGAGCCUAGCGAGGGUUUCACGGACAACGAUCGGGAGCUUGUUUUGCGCCUGAUUGUUGGGAACAAGGAGUUUGUGGAGGCUUAUGAUAACUAUGUUUGUAAACUGAUGAUGGAGGUGGAGGGUAGCCGGGUCUGGAGCAAGGAGGUUAGGGAGAUUGAGGGGCUGUGUAAGGCGUGGGAGAAGGCAUAUCCAAGUGGGCAGUGGACUCUUUGCAUUGAGAGAUUGGGAGAGCUGGAUGAGCGUGUUGUGGUUGAUUGGGAGGCAGUUCGGAACAGGAUAUGGAAGUUUCAUGACGAAAAGAGAAAGAAGAAGGAGAAGAAGGGUGAACAGAAGAGUGGUGGAGAUGAGAGUGAUAGUGGUUGCUCGAGUGAGUCCGAGUCAUCUGUUGAUGAGAGCAAUGGUGCGAAGAUGGUUGCUGGCCGGAAGAAGUGUGGUGCAAAGUGUCUUGCAGAGGAGCUAAAGAGUAUCGAGUCGAAUGAGUCUGAUGGAUCUGUUGGGGAAACCGAUGAUAUGAGAAGUGACGUCGGCAACGAGAGCAUGGAGUAUAUCUCACCUUCCAAGAUCGACUCCAAGGAAGAGCGAUUUGAAGUCACUGAGGAACUGAUUGCUUCGUUGGAGAAUUAUGCUCUCGAAAUUACGAGAUUAGAGGCGGAGGAGGCCGCUAACACCCCUCCUCCAUCUUUUUCGGAGACAACUGUCCCGUCCAAGAUGAUCGAGCUCAACUUCUCGCCUUCAAUACCCGCUGCAAAGUCUCUGCGACCAAAGACCUCAGGCUCAUCUUCUCCAACCGCUAGGAAGUCUCGUGGUCCCGUCUCGCCGAUUAAGGGUACACCAACACCUGCUCAAUCUAUCCCAGUUGCAGCCAUUCCGUCAACCGCAUUCAACUACACUUUCAGAUCAGCAAUCACUGCAGCAAAGCCUCCGCCACCUUCGUUCCCGGCUCAAGCUACUCCAACGCUCCUUGCCCAACCGGUCGCAACUUCGCCAUCCAAGGCGUUUGACUUCGAUUUCAUCCCAUUUGACUCCACGGCAAUGCCCUCUCGUUCUUUACCCCCUUGCGAGGAGUGCCCAACAUCCGUUCAAGUUACGUCCGCGGUUCGAGGCUCUACAACAAUGCCUUCUCAUCCACCACCCCCCGAAGGAGGCGUCUCUACACUUGUGGGUACAUCGGUUUAUCAGUUGAGCACACCCCAACCAGCCUGCAACGGUGAAAAUAAGGGCGGCAACGCAGAGCCUACCACCGCAACAAUCCGUCUACCGCCAUUCUUUGGCUCAAGGCCCCGGCCAUCAACCUCUACACCACCUGUUACACCCUCUAUCCCAUCCUUCAACUUCGGCGAAUAUCCAAAGGAAACACUCCGCAACAUUAAAGCCCCAACCGCCCCAACAGUCUCAACCCUUGCCCAACUCACAAAGACAGUUGCAACUCUCCAUACGUCCAUCACCAAUCUGCACGCCGCAGUCUAUGGUCUCGACACAACCAAGGAACCUCCUCGAUCAGUAAUGGAUGCAGGUCUGCUCAUGAUGAACAACUUCAUCGGCGAAUGGGUAACCGACAUCCGCAUCCAGACCAAGACUCUCGACACCAAGGUCAACGAGAUCGGCACAAUUAUUCAAGGUCUCAGCCAAGAAGUUGCUUCCGCCAAAACCGCGAACUCGAACUUGGCCACUCAACUGAACUUUUUCGACCUUUAUGCUGCCGGGGCCGAAAAGGAAAAUACUAAGGCUUCGAGCGAGAUGAAGGAAAUGAUGGGAAAGAUGAUGGGUCAGAUGAAAGAGACGCGCGAGCAUGAGCAAAAGAAUUUCACUGCCCUUGCACUCCAGAACCAGAGAUUGAUGCAUGAGUUGGCUACUUUCAAGGAGUCGAAGAGCGUUGUUGAGGAAGAGGUUCGCCUUCUGCGAAGCGAGCACGAGACGUUUAAGAAGUUGGUUGAGCGGGUGUCGCGCAAGGUGGAGAUGGCGGUUGAUUAUCAGAGGGGCUUGGAAGAAGCUAAGGACGACGAGGAAGAAGAUUGGUUGAUGUGGGUUCUAUGGCCUCAGGGAGGAUGGAAGGAUGAGGGGAUGAAGAAGCGUGGUGUGGAGAAGGAGCUUGAGCGUGGCGUGCUUGCUGAUAAGCCGGGGUUCCGUGUUCCUCAGCACGAGUUGGGUAGAGGCAAGCCUGGCGGUGGUUGGUGCACUGUUAUGUAGGUGGCCGAGGCAUAUGCGUGUGGGAUCAUUGAAGUGGGACCGAUUUGGAGAGGGGCAACUACAAUAAAUAAUGAUUUCCUUUCUAUGGGAUGGGAAUGGAACCGAGGCAUCUUUGGAUGGCGGAGUUCUUGAAAAGAUAGAUAGAUACACAAUAAAUGCAGAAAGAUUCCAC